AUGUUUCCGUUGAGCUCUGAAAAGAAGAAUAGUUUUCUUUUCCAAGCGGUGGAGAAGGAGCAAGAAACGUUUAAGCCUCAGUUAUCUUCAUCGCCCUCUCGGUUACCAACAACAACAACAAGCACACGACGAGUCAAAGAGCGCCUCAAGGAAAAGUCAAAGAAGGGAUAUGAGAAUAUCGUAAACCGAUUGCAUCAACAUUUGGAAAAAAAGAAGCUGAAUCAACAUGCCACCAAUAAGUCGGUCUAUGAAAGCCAAGCAAUCAAAAUGAAGCAAAUGAAUCGUUUGAUUAAUUCCAUUGACUCGUGGACUCUCCACUCGAUUGAGUACCAUCUGAAAGAGAAGGAAAAGUUGUUGAGGAAUUCACUACCUUGCCUCACCCAAAAAACAACUCAUUACGAUGAAAAGAAAAAGGAAGAUCUCAUCAAACUUGCAACCUUGGAAGCAAAAGAAAGAUGUACCAUACGAAAGAGAGUUCAGGAAAAACGAGCAUCCCUGGAUGCAUAUGAACGGCUAUUGCAAUAUCAAUACAAAAGAAGGAAAUCGUUUGAGAGGGGUCAAUUAACAUUGUUUAAGGAUGAAUACUAUGAAGAGGAGAUGAAUAAUUUUAUGAAAGAAGGAUUAGGUUCCUCCACCAUCGAUAACAUGCUGAACACAAGUUGUAACAACAAAUCAGGGAAUUUGAUAAUUGCUCUUCUGGACUCAUCGGAAACUAUGGAGAUGGAACUUGGUCAGCCUCGCCCAGUUCUAACUUCAGUCAAUAUUGUAAAACGAAUGCCCGAUGAGAAAUUAAAUUUCUUAACUCAAGAGGAAAUUAAAAAACUAGAAGCUAUUAAAGAGCAAAAGAGAUUGGAAAACGAACAAGUAUUAGAAAUGGAACGAAAAAGGAAGGAGGAAGAACAUACACGAAUUAUGCAGGAACAGGAGCAUUACAUAGAGUUGGAGAUAAUUGACGAGAAAGAACGAGACCUUAACACUCAGGAGGAAAAUCAACCCUUCUCAGAAGGGACCUGCGUCGACGAGUUGACCAAUUCACAUGAACUAGAAGCGUCGAAAGAACCACAACUUCAUAUUCACAUGGUAGUUAAGGAAAUUAUGCAAAAUGUUAUUACACGAAACAAUAUUCGUGAAGCAGUUUCUCAAAUUGUUGGAAAUGUCAUCUUUGCACAGUCCACCGUCUGCAAGAAAGAGAGACCUACUAACACCUCAGAUUCUGAUAUUAUUCACAACUUUGUGUCAGAAAUACUUGCAAGAGUGAUCAAUCUAAAUUCAUGUUGA